CGUUAGCGUUAGCAAUUUUGAUUUUCCAUUAUUAAUUAUUUUCUUUAUUUAUUUAUUUAUUUUUCUCACCAAAUUGUUUGUAUCAUAAUUGAUAAUUUCAAUUUCAUCGUUUUGAUAGCAACUGAGAACGAAAACGUUGUUGUGGGUGGAACCAAAAAAAGGUUGUUUUGGAUCGCCGUUAAUGUUCAACUGAAAACCGCACAAAUUGUCGGGGUAGUGAUGAACCACGUGACCCCAUUGCAAUAAUUCCCUCGUUUAAUUUCCCUUUCAAUCUGUUAAACCCUUCAAUGCCGCAAAAUUUUGUUCAGAUCGCGAUUGCAGAACCUUGAUUCUGCAACAAAGUACUAGAGUUUGCUCUUGUUUGAUUUUUUUUCUAGUGGAUUGUUGUUUGUUAAGGAGAUUUUGAUUGUUCAAGGUUGUGAUUCAGUAACAACAUGGGGGUUAUGUCCAGGCGGGUUGUGCCCGUCUGUGGCAACCUCUGUUGUAUGUGUCCUUCCCUGCGAGCAAGCUCGAGGCAACCGGUCAAACGUUACAAGAAGUUGCUAGCUGAUAUUUUCCCUCGUAAUCAGGAGGCUGAACCUAAUGACAGGAAAAUUGGAAAGCUAUGUGACUAUGCUUCUAAGAAUCCAUUGAGAAUUCCAAAGGUUACUGAUAAUUUGGAGCAAAUAUGUUACAAGGAUUUGCGUAAUGAAGUCUUUGGUUCAGUGAAAGUUGUCUUGUGCAUAUACAGGAAAUUCUUAUCGUCAUGUAAGGAGCAUAUGCCACUUUUUGCUGGUAGUUUAUUAGAGAUCAUUCGGACUCUUCUAGAGCAAACUCGAACAGAUGAAAUCAGGAUCUUAGGCUGCAACACUCUUAUUGAUUUUAUAGAUUGCCAGACAGAUGGAACAUACAUGUUCAACUUAGAGGGGUUUAUUCCGAAACUGUGUCAAUUGGCUAAAGAAGUGGGUGAAGAUGAACGAGCUCUGCGUCUACGUUCAGCUGGAUUACAAGCUUUAUCGUAUAUGGUGCGUUUCAUGGGUGAGCACUCACAUCUUUCCAUGGAUUUGGACGAAAUUAUGUCAGCGACCUUGGAGAAUUACAUGAGCCCCCAAUCUGUCUCCAAGCCUUCCAAGGAACAUAAACUGAAUUCAGAGUCUGACGACCAGUUAGUACAAGAAUUUUCUAAAGAAGAGGACCACUCUUUACCGGUUAUCACUAAUAAGGGUCCUUUGUCAAUGAAAAUUGUGACAGGAACUGAGAUUGAUAUGUUGGAUACCUCUAAAGAUCCUACAUAUUGGUCCAAGGUUUGCUUGUAUUAUAUGGUAAAAUUGGCAAGGGAAGGAACAACUCUGCGACGUGUCCUUGAACCUCUUUUUCAUCAUAUUGAUACUCAAAAUCAAUGGUCUUCUGAAAAAGGAGUGGCUGCUCGUAUUUUGAUGUAUUUACUAUCUCUUUUAGAAGAAUCAGGAGAUAAAUCCCAUCUUCUGUUGUCCACUUUGGUCAAGCACUUGGAUCAUAAGAAUGUUGCCAAGCAGCCUAUUCUUCAAAUUAAUAUUAUCAACACUACAACACAACUUGCACAAAAUGCGAAGCAACAGACUUCAGUUGCAAUAAUUGGUGCUAUAUCUGAUCUCAUUAAACACUUACGGAAGUGCCUGCAAUACUCAUCUGAAGCUUCAAGCAUUGGAAACAAUGGGUAUAAGUUAAAUGCUGAACUUCAAUCUGCCUUAGAAAUGUGUAUAUUACAACUUUCAAACAAGGUUGGAGAUGUAGGACCCAUUCUUGAUUUGAUGGCUGCAGUGUUGGAGAAUAUCUCGAAUACUACCACUAUAGCAAGAACAACAAUCUCCGCUAUAUAUCAAACUGCAAAAUUAAUCACAUCCAUUCCUAAUGUUUCAUAUCACAAGAAGGCUUUCCCUGAUGCCUUGUUUCAUCAAUUGCUCAUGGCAAUGGCUCAUCCUGACCAUGACACCCGAAUUGGGGCACAUAGUGUAUUCUCUAUUGUGCUUAUGCCAUCUCUGUUCUCUCCCCGUUUAGAUAAGAAAACAAAGAUGGCUCAGAAGGUACCGAGUGAAAGUUUGUCCAUUCAGCAUGAAAGCUUUUUAGAAGCACCUGAGGAAGGAAAGGCAGUAGUAGGUAUCAGUGGGAAAUAUGCAGUUCAUCCAUGUCGCGGUUACAGCUUUCCUUGUGCUCUAACUGAUGUAAAAGAUGAAUUAAGUUCUUUUCGGUUAAGCAGUCACCAAGUGAGCCUAUUGCUUUCUUCAAUCUGGGUUCAGGCAACAUCAAUGGAAAAUAGCCCUGCAAAUUUUGAAGCAAUGACUCAUACUUAUAGCAUUGCUUUAUUGUUCACUCGUUCAAAGACGUCCAGUUAUAUGGCUUUAGUAAGAUGUUUCCAACUGGCAAUCUCCCUCAUGAGCAUCUCUCUGGACCAAGAAGGAGGUUUACAACCAUCUCGCAGGAGGUCUCUUUUUACCUUGGCAUCGUACAUGCUUAUAUUCUCUGCUAGGGCAGGCAAUUUCCCAGAGCUAAUUCCAAAAGUGAAAGCAUUCUUAACAAAGUCAACUGUAGAUCCUUUUCUUGAGUUGGUCGAUGAUGUCAGACUGCAGGCUGUUAAUAUCGAAUCAGAUAAUGUAAUUUAUGGAUCUCAGGAAGAUGAUUUUGCUGCUAUGAAGUCACUUUCAGCAUUAGAGUUGGAUGACAGGCAGUUGAAAGAGACUGUAUUAUCGUGCUUCCUGACUAAAUUUUCAAAAUUAUCAGAGGAUGAGUUGUUUAGCAUAAAGGAACAACUUGCGCAGGGGUUUUCCCCUGAUGAUGCAUAUCCAUUGGGACCUCCUUUGUUUAUGGAGACACCAAGGCCAUGUUCUCCACUUGCUCAGAUUGAGUUCCCAGAUUUUGACGAGAUUAUGGGUCCGGGAGCUUUGAUGGAUGAAGAGACCGGGUCUGAACCAAGUGGAAGUCAGUCAGAUCACAAAUCAUCACUAUCUAUUAAUAACCUGGACGUUUUAAGUGUCAAUCAACUCUUAGAAUCGGUUUUGGAAACCGCACGACAAGUGGCCAGUUUCCCCAUUUCCUCAACUCCUGUACCUUAUAACCAAAUGAAGAACCAGUGUGAGGCACUUGUUAUGGGGAAGCAACAAAAGAUGUCAGUUAUUCACAGUUUCAAACACCAGCAGCAGCAGCAGCAGGAGACUAGGGCUAUAGUUCUUUCAAGUGAGAAUGAAAUAGAAGUCUCCCCUCUACCAAUUAAGACACUGGAGUAUUCAGAAGGUGAUAUGAAGUUGGUGUGUCAAGAGCAAUUUCAAGCACGCCCCUGUUCAUAUGACUACAGACAGCAAAAUUCAUUCAGACUACCACCAGCAAGCCCCUACGAUAAAUUCUUGAAAGCUGCUGGAUGCUAAGGGUACACGAUUGUGUAUGCAACUAUAUAUAUAUAUAUAGUGUUGUUGGUGGGUUGUCUUUGUCUCGUUCCCAGUCAAGUUGACCAUUUUUUCAUUCAUUGAGUUGAUUAAACUGGUUGUUUCUUUAGCUGCUUCCUUCAUGCCCAGGUGUGUAAAAUCAAUGUGCAGCACCAGCACAUUCUUUUCUUUUUCUUUUUGUCGGGGCAGGACCAUGUUUCUAUCAAUCAAGUGUAUGGUUUUAAUCGGCAAAUUGUCAUGGUACUUGUCAAAUAUGUAAAGGUAUUUAUUUCGUUUAGUUAGCAUUAGCAAAUAGCAAUGUUUUCACCAA